AUGGUUUCAAAUUUGGUGAUUCUGGCCACAACAAUACUACAUGUGGGGCUUCAGUCCAGUGUAUUCGUGGCCAUGGACUACGUCCUGGUGCCUGGGACCUUCUUCGCUGGUUGGAUAGUGUACUGCGGCCUACUGUACUUCCUUCAGGAUAUGGAGCUCCUGCCGAAGCACUACAAGCGCCGCAUGGGCUGGUUUUCCAGCUUCGUUAUCGAGGUGGUGCUAAGUAUUUUCCUCAUGGAGGUUCUGGCUCUGUUCUUUUGGUCCAGAAUUGUGGCCAAUAUCUGCCUGUGCCUGAAGACCGCGAUGUGCUACUGCGGCGGAGAGGCUGAGGAGUACUACCUUCAGCACGAGACGAUUAUUGUGGGAACUUUGAUCACAUCGAUAGCUGCGGGCUUCUCGCUGAGUGCAGCUUGGGCCACGGAUCCAUGGGAGUCCCGUGACGAGCAGCCGGAGACUGAAGGCAAGACACUCCAACAGUUAGCGGACGAACUUCAAGAGCAGAUGGAUAACGAGGAGCUAAAACAGCAGCUGGAGAAGGACUUGCAAUCGGCCGAUACUGAUUAA